AUGGAGGACAACAACAGAAUUCUCAUCACCAUCUGCUCAUUCCUUCUGCUCUUCAUCCUUCCAUCAAUGGCUGCCGAACCACAAUACCACCGCGCCCCUGCAACCCCGCAGAAGAAGUCCGACGUCGUGGUCGAAGGAGUCGUCUACUGCCAGAGCUGCAAGUAUGCCGGCUCAUGGUCUCUGACAGGAGCCAAGCCUAUCCCAUCAGCUAGAGUUAGCGUCACUUGCAAGGAUUCCCGCCACCAUGUGACCUUUUAUAAGACCUAUCAGGCUGACAAACACGGAUACUUCUACGCACAGCUCGACGGGUUCAAGUUGAGCCAUGGGAUUUUGGAUCAUCCACUCCAAGCCUGCACUGUGAAGCUUGUCUCCUCUCCACUCGCGACCUGCAAUGUGAGCACCAAUCUUAACUAUGGCAUAGAUGGAGCGAAGCUUCGGUCUGAGGGUAAGGUGUUGAGGUCUCCUCACUACGAGGCUGUGAUCUAUGCAGCUGGUCCCUUGGCGUUCCGCCCUGAAACGUGCUCAAACCAUCAUGGUUAA